AUGAAGUGCCUUGUGAUCCUCAGGCUGGUGGCCCUCUCAGAGUGUCUAGUCAUAAUCCCUCUCACAAAGAUUAAGACUAUGCGAGAAAUGCUCAGGGAAGAAAACCUGAUGACAAAUUUCCUGGAGGAGAACACUGAUGACGUGUCCCAGAAUGCCACUCAUGACCCAAAUAUUACUAUUCAAGCCCUGAAGAACUGCCUGAAUAUGGACUACAUCGGCAACAUCACCAUUGGAACACCCCCUCAGGAGUUCAGGGUCAUCUUUGACACAGGCUCAGCUGACUUGUGGGUGCCCUCCAUCCACUGCUCCAGUCCCUCCUGCCGUAAACGCAAGUUCUUUGACUCUCAGUUGUCCGCCACCUACCGGUCUUUGGACUUGAAGUUGAACCUCAAAUACAGAAGUGGGAAAAUGGUUGCACUUCUUGGCUAUGACACUGUUCGGAUCGGGAACCUUGUCAUUCUGGGCCAGAUAUUUGGCCUGAGUGUGACACAAAUUGGGAUGGAGAGUGAAACCUUUGAUGGCGUACUGGGGCUGGGCUACCCCAGCCUCGCCCCCGGGACCACCCCCAUCUUUGAGAACUUGAAGACACGAGGCAUCAUUUCUCAGCCUGUCUUUGCCUUCUAUUUGACCAUGGGGAAGAAGAAUGGCAGCGUGGUGAUGUUCGGUGGGGUGGACCACAGCUACCACAAAGGACAGAUCAAGUGGAUACCACUGUCCCAAACCCACUACUGGCAAGUAACCAUGAACCGCAUCACCAUGGAUGGAGUGGCUGUUGGUUGUUUCCAUGGCUGCCAGGCCAUUCUGGAUACCGGGACUGUGUUCCUGCUUGGCCCAACUAUACAUGUCACCACCAUCCAGAAGCUCAUCAACGCCAGAUCUGUUCGUAAAAAGUACGUGGUCCCAUGUAGAAAAGUCAAGAGCCUGCCUAGUAUCAUCUUCACCAUCAACGGCAACCACUACCCAGUGCCAGCUCAAGCAUACACCUGGAAGGCUCCUCAGAAGACCUGUCUUAGCAUGUUUGAAGGGGGCACAGAGGAAUUGAAACAGUCUGAGACCUGGAUCUUGGGUGAGGUCUUCCUGAGGGUGUAUUUCUCAGUUUAUGACCAAGGAAACAACAGAAUUGGCCUGGCUCCUGCAGUGUAACUGCUGGGGCUGCUUAAGGAAUCAAUCAGGCCCAC